AAAAGCCUUUCCAUUUUUCUUAUGCUUCUUCCUGGAGUUAAAACCCAUCAUGGAGACCCCAGAGUGGAAGAGUUUGCAGUUCCUCGUGAUAGUAUGCUGGUUUUUCGUGAGCCUGGAAUCCCUUGCAGAGGCUGUGAAUGUUCUGUGCUACAAAACUUUUGAUGAAAUCUCAGGGACCUGCAGUAACUUAUUGGGAGAUGGAGUUUCCCAGGAAGACUGCUGCCUAAACGAUCAAUAUGGUUUCCAAUUGACUGAGAAUGGAGCCUGCCAAUCCUGCCGCGGAGCUCAGUGGAGUAAAUGGUCCUCAUGGAGUGCAUGCUCUGUCUCCUGCACUGAAGGUGUCCAGCGGCGCAGUCGCGUAUGUUAUGGCUACCACGAAGGGACAUGUCCAAUUGGCACACGUGACAGGGAAAUGAAAUCCUGCCUUCUGAAAGAAUGUUGCCCUGUGAUGGGUGGAUGGUCAGAAUGGAGUUCCUGGGGACCUUGCUCAGUGACCUGUCGAACUGGGACCCAGGCAAGGGAACGAACUUGCACCAAUCCAACUCCUGUCUGUGGAGGCAAUUGCACAGGAUACAACAGAGAAACCAAGACAUGCGAUACCAGGCAGAUUUGCCCAACUCAUGGAAACUGGGGCAGCUGGGGACCCUGGCAGCCCUGCUCCCACACUUGCUCGAUAGAAGGCUCAGCCAGACAGCCUCAUCAACAACGAUCCCGUCUGUGUAACAACCCCCCGCCUUCUUUCAGCCCUCCGGGCAAGCCAUGUCCAGGACCAAGAGAGGAAUCCCAAAGCUGCACAGGACUUCCCUACUGUCCACGGGAUGGCAACUGGGGUGGCUGGAAACCGAUGCAACCCUGCACUGUGACUUGUGGGGUUGGCCAAAUCUUGCAGAAGCGUCUAUGUGACAACCCUUCACCGAAGUAUGGAGGGAAGAAUUGCCUUGGGGAGGACGUGCGUAGACAACCCUGCACCGUUAAGGUGCCCUGCCCAGUGGACGGUCAUUGGGAUGAAUGGGGUCCUUGGACGUCUUGUAGCCGUAGCGGUUUUGAAAUUGAGUGUGACGAAAUCCCCGCCUCUCAGAAAAGAAACAGGAAGUGUAUUGGACGGCGCGAUGCUGGCAAGCCUUGUGCGGGAUUGCGCAUGGAAACCAGGGUCUGCUACAGUUUCGAAGGAUGCCCUUUGCCGGGGACCUGGUCAGUUUGGAGUCCUUGGGGUCUCUGUGAGCCAGUCUGUGGACCUGAACCUAAAAGAACUCGUAAGAGAGUCUGCACGGCCAUCUAUCCUAAUUUUUCAAAGGUGAUGCCAGCAGAGAAUGGGAAGGAACAUAAUAUAACCUUUUCGGGAAACCCGAAGCCUCAAUGUAAGCAACUGGAAGGACAAGAAUUGGAAGUGGUGGAAGAAACACGGUGCCAAAAUGUGCCUCUUUGUGAAGAUUGAUUUUCCAGAACUGGAGGCUGUAAAUUGCGGUACUGAAAAUUCCUGCAAACCAUAAUGUAUGCAGCUGUGAGAAAUGCUGACUUUGCUUCCUAUGAUUUUUGCACUCAUCUUUUUUGCACUACUGCUUUUUUAAUGAUUAAAUAAUCACAGGGUAAUAGAUUACAUUGCACUUUUGUCUCUUCCAUAUACAGUAAAGGAGAAAAAAUGUAUGUGUUCUGUGUUGUGUUCCUGUUUUUCAAAUGCUAUAAAGCAUACUUGAUUUAAAAUAUUUUUUAGCAUUUCAUCUAUAUUUACAGUUUAAAAGGUAUAGUUCAGUGUGCGUUAAACCAAUGAUCCCUCAUUUAAGAGUUCCACAAGAGUUACAGAUAUACUUUGACAAAGGAAUCAACUUGGCAUCAGAAUGUUUACUUGUAGAUACAAUGAAAAACGCAGUGAACAUAUAGAUGUGCUGAAAAAUAGAUUAGACAGUUUGUUCUAAAGCCAUAAACACAUGUAAAACAAAAAUCCAUCUUAAAGAUUUCA